AUGAAUAAAAAAUACCAAAAGGCCACAAAUUGGCAUGACGGAAAAUUAUGCCAACAGAAAAUGCAAUUAAGACUGCAAGCACCUCAACUACUACCAGGAACAGCAGCAGCUCCACCACAAACACAACAGCAACAAACACCAAGACCACCAACUCCACAACAACAGCAACAAACACCACAACAACAGCAAAAAACACCACAACAGCAACAAACACCAACUCCACAACAACAGCAACAAGCACCACCAACUCCACAACAACAGCAACAAGCACCACCAACUCCAAAACAACAGCAACAAGCACCACCAAUUCCAAAACAACAGCAACAAGCACCACCAACUCCACAACAACAAGAACCAGCAACUCCACAACAACAAACACCUCAACCACUUGAGGCAACAACAAAGAAGCGGCAAUAUUCUGCCCCUCCUCCGCCUCUACCGAGAAGAAACUAUUAA